AUGGUUGCUGGCAAGUUCCUGGUUCGCCACGACUACUCAACAUUUACCUCGAUUAUGACACCGACAAUGGUUUUGGAAGUGUUUCAGUUCCAGUUAUUCUCCCUCACUUCAAUUCCUCUCGAUGAGCAAAAGAUCGUCAUGGAAUAUAACGACCAUAUCGUAUCAGACAACUCCAAUCUGGCCGCCGUUUCGGAGAAGCUGCCAUUGCUGUCAAUCUCUGCUGAGGAACAAGAAAGCACUGCUGAGGAAACCAAGAAGAGUAAGCAUGUGAUGAGGAAGCUUGAGAAGCGCGAAGAGGAUAACAAACUUGAAUCUCAAGUUGAAGACAAAUAUGGUGGUUAUGGUUACGGCUAUGGUAUGCCGUUAAAUCAGAAUUCGAGCACGUAUGAUGUUGUUGCAGAUACUAUUCCUGAUCUUUGUAAGAAUCCGGUUGAUUGGUUCUCGGCCGGAUUGGUCUCAACCGGAUUGGUUGAUGAGAACAAUAUCUUUGAAUGGAGUGUUACGAUUAUUGGACCUUCUGAUACUCUUUAUGAAGGGGAAUUUUUCAAUGCCAUCACGAGUUUUCCGCCUAAUUACCCAAAUAGCCCUCCAACAGUGAAAUUUACAACAGAGAUUUGGAACCCGAACGUUUAUCCUGAAGGGCUUGUUUGUAUUUCAAUUCUUCAUCCUCCGAAUAGAUCCAAAUGGCUAUGA